AUGUCAUCCUUACCAACUUCAGAUGGAUUUAACCAUCCAGCCCAUCCUUCAGGACAGAGUCCUGAGAUUGGUAAUCCUAUGAGUCUUGCUCACUCUGUCUCUGCUUCAGGCUGCCCUGUCGAGCCCAGUGACCCUGACAGCAUUGAACCUAAAGCUCUAAAGGCUUUGAAGGCUUCCGCUGAAUUCCAGAUAACCUCUGAAAAGAAAGAACAUCUUCCUCCACAGGAUCUUUCUGAUUGUGCUUCUUCAGCAGACAGCGCUCCAGCCAUGCCUCUGCAGAAUUCAUCCGAAGAAGCCAUUGUUGCAGAGAAUAUGGCGAAAUCUGCUGAAAGAAGCACCCAGGGCCUCAGAUCUCCUCUCCACACAAGACAGCAAGCUAGUUUAUCUGUCACGACUACUAGUGUGCAAGAACCACCGGGGUUUCUAGGUGAAAAGGGUUGGCAUCCAGAAAGUCAGAACCCGAGUCAAGGGAAUGGCCUUCAGCAGCACAAAGAACCAGGGAAUGAACAGCAUGAGGUUGUACAACAGAAUGCUCUACAUGACCAAGAACAGGAACAUCUCUGUAACACAGAGAACUUUGAACUUCUUGGAGAAAGGCAACAGAAUCCACAAAGAAGUGUUGAUUUAGAAGCUACAAUGAAAGAAGACAGGCUACAGCAGAAUGUGGACCUUCCAGGUACAGAGGAAAAUAUUCUACCUUCCGGAUGCUUUGGCUGCCCCCAUUCAGAAACACUCAUGGAAGUGGAUACAGUUGAAGAGUCCCUAGUGGCUGUGCCUAACUCAGCGGAUGGUCAGAAUGCCAAUGUCAAGAACAUCGGUGCACCCGAUCUCACCUUAGAUAAUCCCCUGAUGGAAGUAGAAACCUCAAAAUGUAAUCCUUCAUCCGAAAUUUUGAGUAAUUCAAUUUGCACUCAGGAUUUACAACUCCCAGACAAUAACGUUGAAAUGUCUGGAACAAAUAAAGAAGAUGGGGAUUGCUCCCUGUCUUUAAGUCUCUGUGGCAGUUGUCAGCCUUCUGUGGAGUCAGCAGAGGAAUCCUGCUCAUCUCUAACAGCAGCCUUGAAGGAACUCCAUGAACUUUUGGUCAUUAGUAGUAAACCAGCUUCAGAAAAUACAUCUGAAGAAGUUAUCUGUCAAUCGGAAAUGGUAACUGAGGGCCAAACAGGUGUGAAGGACCUUUCUGAAAGAUGGACCCAAAGUGAGCAUGUUCUAGUUACCCAGAACGAAGAGCGUUCACAAGUCUCCUUUCAUCAGACCAUAACUGUAUCGGUGAGGGCAGAAAAGUUAACAGACACUUCAAAUGGUGCUGGAGUAGAAGAUGUAGAAAAUAUUAAUGUCAGGGAUCCAGGUGAUGGCCUAGUAACUGAUAAGGAAAGUGUCCCCGAGUCUAGGGAAUCCGAGAACAAGAGCAGUUCUGACGCUCUAGCCUCAGCAAAAACGUCUGAUCAAUUACACUGCACCUUAGGUGUAGAAAUCUCACCCAAACUUUCAGCAGGUGAGGAGGAUGGUGUCAGUCCCACUUCUGAGCAAACGAAGUCCUGGUCCAGUUUCACGUUGGUUGAAGAUCUGGACCAGGGCUCACAGAAUCCGGUGACAGACAGGCCUGAGACACGACAGGAUGUCUGUCCUGAAGCUGCAGGGCCACUUGUUGACUUUGAACCGCCCACCAGCCACCCAUCACCAAGUCCCUCCAUUCUUCCACCACUGAUUUUUCCUGCUGCAGACAUUGACCGGAUUCUCCGUGCCGGCUUCACUUUGCAGGAAGCUCUUGGGGCUUUGCAUCGAGUUGGUGGAAAUGCAGACCUUGCACUUCUUGUCUUGCUCGCAAAGAACAUUGUAGUUCCUACAUAA